AUGGACGACUCUGACGACGACUAUGUCGAGUUUUCUCCCGGAGGUGGAGAUGAUGACGAUUUAGAUUUCAAUGACAAUGAUGGUAUUUCUAAAAGAACUCGGAAUAGAGAUCCCAGUGGAAGUACUAAUAAAAAAGGUUCACCUAGAAAAGGCAAAGCAGUUGCUGACAGUAAACUGAAGGGAACCAGUGGUGGUUAUGCUUGGGAAGAUGAAUAUCAUCGAAGUUGGGAUGUUGUACAAGAGGAUGAGGGGGGUAGUUUAGCAGGGGCUGUUGCUGGUCUUGUUGAGGAAUCAAAAAAGAAGAGAAUUGUUCGAGAUACGAAACCUUUGCAAAGAGGUAUCAUUAGAAACCUGAUUCUGAUUCUCGACUUCAGUUCUGCCAUGCUGGAAAAGGAUCUACGACCGAAUCGAUAUAAACUAAUGAUCAAUUAUGCUAUUGAAUUUGUUGGAGAGUUUUUCGAUCAAAAUCCAAUUUCUCAGUUAGGAAUUGUCGCCAUGAAGGACGGUUUAGCAAUGUUGGUGUCUGAAUUGGAUGGCAACCCUACGGAGCAUAUUCAUAAACUGGAACUAUGUCGCAAACAAGAGCCCACUGGAGUUCCCUCUUUACAAAAUGCAUUAGAAAUGGCUCGGGGGUUGCUUUAUCAUGUCCCUGCACAUUGUACAAAGGAAGUUCUACUUAUAUUUGGUGCUCUUCUAUCGUCAGAUCCUGGAGAUAUUCACAAAACCAUCACUAGUUUGGUCGAUGACAAGAUCCGAGCAAAGGUCAUUGGUCUCGCAGCUCAGGUGGCUGUCUGUAAGGAGUUGAGUACACGAACUAACUACGGCCAUUCUGAAAAUAAUUACGGUGUUGUGCUAAAUGAACCGCAUUUUAAAGAUUUGCUGAUGGAAACGACCACCCCGCUAGCUGUAUCAAAAAUGGGAGCUUCGGUGCGGGCAAACAUGUUGGUUGAAAUGGGGUUCCCUUCACGAAUAUCAGAAUCUGAACCUACUCUCUGUGCCUGUCAUUCAAUGCUGACCCAGGGAGGGUAUCUAUGCCCGCGAUGCAAAUCCAAGAUAUGCUCGCUACCCACCAUUUGUCCCUGCUGUAGUCUGACCCUUAUUUUAUCCACCCAUCUUGCUCGUUCAUAUCACCAUCUCUUUCCACUCCAAUCAUUUAUAGAAGUCGAUGCCACGAAACGAGCAAUCGCUUCACACUGCUUUUCAUGUCAACUUGAGCUGCCCCAUAUCACCUCUCUCACGUCACCUACCCACCGGUUUGCCUGUGUCAAGUGUAAUAACCAAUUUUGCAUUGAUUGCGAUGUUUUUUGCCAUGAAACAUUGCACAAUUGCCCUGGGUGCGAAUCCAUGGCACAUAAGCCCAAACAACGCCCUGUUCCCCUGCUUCCCCGGCCGGUUCAAAAACUCAAACUCAACUUCAACAGCGCGUCAUCCUCAGCAUCUAGUACUCCUGCACCUGAAGAUGGGAUAUCUGUGUAG